GAACCAUUUUACGAAACAGGCGAAGGAACAUUCCCUGCUAUGCGCUUCGUUCUUCUCUUCCACUUCUGUCGGAUGCUGCCCGUAUGCGCCACUGGAACUUAUGAUUCUGAAUCGAUAAGUUCUGUUUCCGACGUCGAGGAUAACCUAACCACCCCACAGAUGCCUCGGUCUUUUCUAUUUCAUCUCGCAUAUUCAGCUCCACAGGUUCCACGUCUACGCAGCUCUGGUUCUAGCUUGAUCAAUCCAACCACCGACUCCUUAUCUGAGGAAGGCCCCACCGGGUAGGAGUGGAACUUGAGGCGCA